AUGGAUCUCGAGCAAUACUCCCAGUCUUCCAACCAACCCAAGCAAAGGGGAAGACGUAGGGCUGGCAGACGACGUCAGCGCAACAGGGCUCCCAUCUCCGCCCGUCUGGUGAUUGAUCACCAUCUUCGUGGCAAUGUUGGUGUAUUGUCGGACGAUCUGGUCGCUGACCUCUUCCCAGAGCAGGCCAUGACAGAUGGAAAUAGAGAUAGAGUUCUUUACGUCGCAAUAUCGCCGCGCACUCCAAUAUUCUCUUCUGUCGAGGAUCUGCCGUGGACCAUAAUCCCGGUCAGCGUGCAGGGCAGAGAACGCUCCCGCUCGGCACCCAUCUCGCACUCAACGGUCCUUCUCCCUGACUCAACCAAUUCCAUACAGCCCUUCAUCCAGGCAAUUAGCAAAAUAGACCCUGCACGAACAUUGCUUACCGCGCAGCGCCCCAUCGAGAUUCGUAUUCUGGAUGUUGUGCCCCUGCACCUUGAUACAGUCUACGUGACCGUGGAGCGACAUCUACUCCGCGACAAUGACGAUGUGCAGAAUAGAUUUGGUGGCGGCUUUACUACUACCCCUGAUGGAACAAAUGGGUACUGGACGAAGGGAGGGAAGCCUGGACCAAAAAGACACACAAGAAAGGAUGCGGCUGACGCAGAGGGGCGACUUACUGCCGCAGUACGUGCGGCAUUGGGUACCUCAAAGGUUUUGCAUGCUGGAGAUGUGUUACCGAUGCCACUCCCGCCGCACCCAAUUACUUACGCUCCCCCGCCUCCGGCGCGCAUUUCCUUUUGUGAACCUGUGUCACAAGGCCUGCUGAUGCCGACGACCAAAAUCGUCAUCAUCCAAGCACGUCAACAGGGCCACCGGAGGCUGAAGAGUCUAUCAUCUGGGACGGCCUUAAAGCAGGUGGCGGAGGACCCAUCGGAUGACACUUCAAACGAGCAGUUUUACUCCGCCGCCGAAGAUAAACCUUUUGAGAGCAGCACAGAAGUGGACAGUACGACUUCGGCUGAUGAAUCAGAAACAGAAGGGUCCGUAUCCACUGUAAGCGAUGCGUCGGAUGACUCUCUGGAAGAUAUGAUAUCUCUUGCUGCACCCCAGCUUCCACAGACCCCGUCAGGGAUUAUGUCUGGUACAAUUAUUGGUACACCACGUUUGGCCGCCAGGCGAUCAGACGGCAUUCGCACACCGGGGUCCACAGCGUCAAACUUCACAGCUACUACCAUGCGUCCUGGUCGGAAUGCGGGGAAAGUUUUCAAGACGGAAGGUCUUCUUCGUUCUAUUCCGAUCGAGCUCCUACACCCCCGGCCGCGGGAAGAUGAUGAUGUUGAUUCUUUCGUCUUUGUUGACGUUACUACCCUUGCUAGGAUUGGCUGUUUCUCUGGAGAUUGGGUACGCAUUGAAGAAACAGAGGAACCCCGGCUCAAUGCGUUGGAAUCGCUGAAAUUUGGUAACUUAAAUGAAGCAGAGGAAGAGACGAAUUGGCGCCCCGUCAAAAUCUACGGUUUACCCGGUCUCCCAUCUCCAAAACCACGCUACUCUAUCAAUCAACCCGCUACAGGAAGGCGUUCCAGUAUUUCGCAACGUCCACCCCAGCGUCUGACUCCUUUCGUGUUUGUUCCCCCCCUUCUUCUCAGCAACCUCGGAAACCCGAAGUACUUGCGAAUGUCUCCCAUUAAAUUCAGUGCACCAAAUGGGGUCGCAGCGAGGCCAGGUCUUCUACAUCAAUUAAAAACAAGCUCUGCCAGGAGCCCCCCUCUAGCAAAGGAGGUGACCCUACUGAAAAUUUCUACUCCAUUGUCUAUGGAUCGCGCCCUCCAACAGGCCUUGUUUUCUGGUUUGAAACAAUAUUUUGAAUCCAAGCGAAGACUCUUGAAAAGUGGCGAUCUCGUUGGCAUUGGUGUCGAUGAAGCGCUUGGCAGGGCGGUUUUUUCUGGCACAGUAGGCUCUGAUGGUGCAAACCAAGAGGAUGACUUAGCAGCUAAAGUGGGUCGUAUGAUGGAGUCCAAUGAUUCCAGACCCAAGAAAGUUGGCGUUGCUUGGUUCCGUGUGGGUAACGUUGUUCCCAGUGUGCUAGACGAGCAGGAUGAGAUGGGGGAGGAUCAUUGGGGAGGAGUGGCCGUCAUUGACUCUGCGACUACGCGGAUGGUACAAGCCGGGAGCGAAAUUAGCAGAAUUCCUGGCACUUUGGAUAAUGACUGGGAGUAUUGGCUGGGGGUGAAGAAGCUACCAAAAGCUGUGGGCGAUGGCCAUGCUCCUCUCGGACUAAUCGCCGAGUCACUUCCUAUUUAUACGCCACCUCUUCAGGAGCGAAUCCGUGAAUUGAUGUCUGCUGCAACGAGUCCCCGAGCUAUUCAACUCGGCAUGAAACCGGUUAUUAUUCUCCUGACAUCACAGCAGAGGCACAUUGGUAAGGCGACGAUAGCGUCUCGCGCAAGCGCAGACAUCGGCCUCCACACGUUUUCCAUUGAUGCGUAUGAUAUCCUCACGGAGGGUGGUGCGAAUGGUGGCGACGUCAAAACAGAAGCAUAUCUGAAAGCAAGAGCGGAGCGUGCUUUCCACUGUGGAUCCAAUUGCACGACGUUGCUCAUCAAACAUAUCGAGGUACUGACAGCUGACCGCAUGGUCACAGCGAUGAAUGAGAUUGUCGCUGAUUCUCGAGUUGUCGUUGCAACCACGACGGACGUUGAACAAAUUCCAGAGGGCAUCCGCAGCCUAUUUACACAUGAAUUUGAGAUGACUGCACCGGAGGAGAAGGAGCGGGAAGGCAUUCUCCGAAAUGCCGUUGUGGAUCGAGGCAUCAAGGUAUCAUCAGACGUUGAUUUAGGCUCUAUUGCUCUGAAGACGGCCGCUCUGGUUGCUGGGGAUCUGGUAGAUGUCGUUGAACGAGCUUCCGCCGCCAGGGACGCACGUCUAGAAAAACUAGCGCAAACAAGCAAUAAACGAGAUACAAAUGCAAAAGUCACUGUACGUGAUGUCCUCAUUUCCGGAGGUGAUGCGGCUCUUGGUGUGACCAAAUUGGACUUCGAUACCGCCGUGGAAGCUGCCAGGAAGAACUUUGCAGAUGCGAUUGGCGCACCGAAGAUCCCCAGUGUCAGCUGGGAGGACGUUGGCGGUUUGGCAAAUGUCAAGGAUGCUCUCGUGGAGACUAUUCAGCUGCCGCUCGAGAGACCCGAGCUAUUUGCCAAGGGCAUGAAGAAACGCAGUGGUAUCCUGUUCUACGGUCCUCCGGGGACGGGCAAAACUCUCCUGGCCAAGGCGAUCGCGACCGAGUUCUCUUUGAACUUCUUUUCUGUAAAGGGUCCUGAACUUCUCAACAUGUACAUCGGUGAGUCGGAAGCCAAUGUGCGACGGGUGUUCCAGCGUGCUCGCGAUGCACGGCCAUGUGUCGUAUUUUUUGAUGAGCUGGACUCCGUGGCCCCCAAGCGUGGAAACCAGGGUGACAGCGGUGGUGUAAUGGACCGCAUUGUCAGUCAAUUGCUAGCAGAGCUGGACGGAAUGAAUGGUGGCGAGGAGAACAGCGGCGGUGUGUUCGUCAUCGGAGCGACUAACCGUCCAGACCUGCUGGACACUGCUCUUCUCCGACCGGGUCGCUUCGAUAAGAUGCUCUACCUCGGUGUGUCUGAUACGCACGAGAAACAGGCAACUAUCCUGGAGGCACUCACGAGAAAGUUCACACUUCACCCGGAAUUGUCUCUCCGUCGAGUGGCCGAUCAACUGCCUCUUACGUACACGGGUGCAGACUUGUAUGCGCUCUGCUCAGAUGCGAUGCUGAAAGCUAUCACCCGUAAGUCGACUGCGGUGGAUGAGAAGAUCAAGAAUCUGCCCAAUGGACCUGUUAGCACGGCAUAUUUCUUCGACCAUCUUGCUACUCCUGAAGAUGUAUCGGUGGUGGUCACCGAGGAGGACUUUAUACAGGCACAGAAUGAGCUGGUUCCUAGCGUCAGUGCCAAGGAACUCGAACACUUUGAAAGAAUCCGCCAGACCUUUGAAUCAUCCGAUAAAGAAAAACGAAAGCAGAGCCAACAGCCACAGACAAUCGAGGACGCCCUUGCAGCCCUUAAUACGAACGAGAACGGGCCACUAGAGAAUGGAGGCCAUCUCAACUUCUCGAUCGCGAAUGGUACUGCUACCAUCAGGGGUAAAGGGAAGAGUGCACAUUCAGACAUUCGGAACUUCAGCGGUGGUAGUCAUAGUGGCAAGGGAAAAGGAAGAGUGGGUUCGUCAUGGAAGGUUAUGGGCGCUGACAACGAUGGAGUUGUCCAUGCAGAUGCGGAGGGAGAGGAUGAUUACAUUAUCCGGACAGAUCAUCUGGUGAAUGGGCAGUGA